GUUUAAUGACUGUAGCUGCAUAUGAAAAAGAUCAAAUUGUCAAUUUAAUAUAAAAGGUCUCGUUCCUAUGACCGCGUUAGAUGAUCACAAAUGUUUCUUAUCGCGCGUUUAAAAGAUUCUAAUCGAGGUGUUGAAGUACUUGAUGUCGUAAUGCUACACAUUAAAUACAACAAUCCUACUAUCAUUAUAUAAAAUGGCAACAUUUUGGUCAGGAAGGCCUGGUUGGUUAGGAAAAGUAGGAAUAGCAUUGCUGGCUACAUGGCUUUUGGUACUAAUUAUAUCAGUAUCGCAUAUUUUUAAGACUAAUAGCUUAAUGUCUGAUAACGAAAGUCAUACGAAUAAAGAGAAUGCUCAACGUUUGGCCAAAAUGGUAAACGACUUUGAAAUUCUUAGAAGACAAAACGAGGGAUUAAAAAACAUAGUCAGAGGAGAAAGGUCUAAAUCCAUUCAAGGAGAUCAUUUAGGUUCUAUACACGAGAAGCUUGACAAGGCUUCGCUUUACGACGACUUGUUGGAUCGACAAGAUAAAGUAAAACACGGUGUACCUUCUUCGGAAUACGAAGAAUUACGACGAAGGAUAAGAAAUAACGUACAAGAAACCUGGUAUUAUGUUAGCGCGGAACUAAAUAAACUUAAGAAAUCUUUUGAUAAAUUGAGCCACGAGCAGAAAGAAAAAAAAAUACAAGAUAUGUUAGAGAAUGUCUGGGAUCAUAAAAGAUCUCUCACAACAGACAUUGACAAAUUAAUAAAAGCAGAUGGCUACAACGAAUGGCGUAAAAAGGAGUCAAAAGAUUUGUCUGACCUUGUGCAAAGAAGAUUUAGGUCUUUACAAAAUCCUAGCGAUUGCAGUAAAGCAAGAAAGUUAGUGUGCAGUUUAAACAAAGGUUGCGGAUUUGGAUGUCAGAUCCAUCACAUCACGUAUUGUUUCUUGGUUGCUUAUGGCACAGAACGGACAUUAAUAAUUAAAUCUAAAGGUUGGAGGUAUCAUAAGGAUGGCUGGGAAUCUGUUUUUAAGCCGCUCAGUGAUACAUGCCUAUCUACGACUGGAGUAUCUCAUGCUAAUUGGCCCGGUGACUCUUCCCAGCAAGUAAUUUCCUUGCCGAUUGUGGAUAAUGUUUCUCCAAAACCAAGGUUUCAACCGCCAAGUGUACCCGCGGAUCUAGUUCCCAGAUUAGAGAAACUCCAUGGGCAUCCGUUAGUAUGGUGGGUGGGCCAAGUUCUAAAAUAUCUAAUGCGACCUCAAGAACACGUGAAAAAAACACUAGAGUAUGCAAAGGAAAGACUCGGUUUUAAAAAGCCUAUUGUUGGAAUACAUGUACGAAGAACGGAUAAAGUUGGGACUGAAGCUGCUUAUCAUGACAUAGAUGAAUAUAUGGUAAAAGUUGAACAGUAUUUUAAUGAACUUGAAACACAACCGGAGGUAAAAAGGGUAUUUUUGGCCAGUGAUGAUCCGAAAGUAAUUACAACAGCGAGGAAUCGUUAUCCGAACUAUGAUAUAAUAGGAGAUCCAGAAAUAGCUGAAACGGCAUCGGUCGCAAAAAGAUAUUCCGAUUCUUCCUUACAAGGAAUAAUUAUAGACAUACAUCUGUUGUCCGAAUGUGAUUAUUUAGUAUGUACAUUUAGUUCCCAAGUAUGCCGUGUGGCGUACGAGUUAAUGCAAACAUAUUAUCCGGACGCUUAUAAUCGAUUUACAUCGCUGGAUGAUAUUUACUAUUACGGUGGUCAAAAUCCACAUCCCCAUCAGGCUAUUUUGGAUCAUAAGCCAAGGAAAAUUGGUGAAAUAGAGCUAAAAGUCGGAGAUUUGAUCGAAGUUCUUGGAAAUCAUUGGGACGGUUACUCUAAAGGUUACAACACACGAACUAGCAUGACGGGCUUAUUUCCUAGUUUUAAAGUAAAGAAUCCCGUGGACGCUGUAGACUUCCCGAAAUAUUCAAACGUUCCGUUAUAUGAAAACAAAAACGAGUAGACACAUUCUGAAUGUGUAGUGAUCCUGAAAAUAUUCAGAUUGCUUGCAAAAUAAUAUAACUUGCCUUCGUAUUUAAAUUGUUAAAAGCAGUAAAUGAAAUCAUGAAUAUGUAUAUAUUUUACUACUAGCAAGUAACAAGUUUUAUUUCCACAAACUGACACUAUCACGAGUUGUGAGACAAAGAAGUAAGUUAUGCUAUUUUUUAAGCAAAUAUACAUGUUGAAUUUUAAGAAGACUGUAUAUAAAUAGUUGCAAACGAAAAUUAUAGAAAGUUCUGAAUAAAUUUACGAUCUUCUUAAAAAUUGAACUAUAAAUGAAGAUUAGAAAUUUUUAAAUUAGAGACGUAUAGAGAUAUAGUUGAAGUUUUAAUUAUUGUUUUAACUAGUACGUUUAAAAGUAUGAAACAAAUUAAACAUUUUAAUUGAUAUACAACAUAGACAAAGGUUAUUUGUGCCAAUGCCAUUUCAUUCUCAAAGCGUUAUGUACAAUGGCAACGCCGCUGUUUACAUAAUAACAAAACAUUUGAUAAUGUCAAUUUUUGUAAGUUGAAAUUACAAAUUUUACAUCACUAGUUAAUCUCACAUCUCAUGAUAAAAAAAUUCUAUGUUAUAAUUAAUUGUCAUAGCGUACAAUUUGUACAUAAGAUAUGCAAUAUGAAAUCAAUGUACAUUACAAUUUUUUUAUGAUACUAGAGCUUAUACAAUACGCAUAACAAAUAAUGCAUAAAUGACGUAUGCCAAGCAUAAUAUGCAUAGACAUCGAGCUGGGCUUGAGGCCUAUCUUAUACAUUUAAGGAUGUUUCCUGUAUACAUAUUGUAAUAUAUUUUAUACUAUACACCA